CGUAAAUAAUAAAUAGAAUACCUUUUUACUGUGUUAGUAACUUUUAAAAUUAAAUUUCUUAAAUUUUAUUACAAACUAUCUGCUGCUAAAAGGCGUACAAUAUUCAGAUCAGAUUUAUUUAACUGUUAUCAAAAUGUGGAAUGAUCAAUCAGUUGCGGGUGGUGGAUUUUUCAAUACACAAAAUCAAUUUGGAAAUGUUAACACUCCAAAUCAAGCUCAAAAAUCGGGAAGAAGAGCUUCUCGAACUGCCCCUAUUGUGAUAAAACAGGCAUUGCAUUGUGGAGAUGAUGGGGUGAAGAUUUGGGGAACAGAAAUCCAAAUUGUAUCAAUAGUGGCCCGAAUAAGGAAUAUAAGAGUACAAAGUACCAAAAUAACAUACACCAUACAAGAUAUUACUGGGAGAAUGAGAGCAGUGCUGUGGCUAGAUAUGGAAGCAAUGGAUGAAGAUGAUAAAUCAGCUCCAAAAGUGCAGGUCAAUGAUUACAUACAGGUGUACGGAAAUGUAAAAACUAAUAAAGGUAAAAAAGUUCUUAUGGCAUUCAAAAUAAUGCCAAUAACCGAUAUUAACGCCAUAACAUUCCACUAUCUACAAUGCAUCAAUAACAAACUGAAGAUGGAAGCAGAUUCUAAGAAGGCAAAAACUGAAACAUCAAAUGCUACAUUCACAAGUGGUUUGCCAGCUAAUUCCAUGGUUGGUAUGAAUGAUAACACCUCAGUGAAUGGAUUAAAUCCCAGGCAAAUGAUGGUCUAUAACCUUAUUAGAGCAUCCACUCUUGAGCAAGGCAUAAGUAAACAAGACAUGUUUGCCAGUCUGAAAGACAAGAUGUCCCAUGUUGAAUUUGAAAAUACCCUGGAAUGGAUGUGUGGUGAGGGGCACAUAUACUCCACUAUUGAUGAAGAACAUUUCCGUGCGACAGAUGCCUAAUGAAACAAGUUUUUCAUGAAAGUUGAUUUUUGUACCUUUUUAAAUAAAUAAAUAAAUACAUUCAGCAAUUUGA